AGUCAGCUGGCCUGUAGCAGAGCUGCAACUUCCCCAAGGAAGCCCUUCCUCAACUUUCACUGGAGGGCUGUCGGGAGAGCCUGGGAGAGGAACGCUGCAAGCAGAAGGGAAGUCUCCUCCUUCAUCCAAACAGCAGAGCCAUGAAACUGUAUCUUUUACUCUUCCUGGCAGCGAACGGAGGGAUCUCUAGCCAUCGGCCCUUGGAAGAGUCACCCUGUGAAAUGAUAAAGAUGAAGGCAUUUUGUCAUGGCAAAAAGCUUCACCAAAUCCCUCCAGAGCUCCAUCCAAACAUAAAUAAAAUAGAUUUGUCUGGAAAUCAGAUAAAAAAUAUCUCUGAGAAGCCACUGACAUUUUAUACCUCGCUCCAGCAUUUGGAUUUAAGAUCCAACCAAAUAAGUUUCAUUGAGCCUGGAGUCUUCACACACAUGACAAGCCUGAUGGAGGUAAAUUUAGCCAAUAACCAGUUAGAUGAGUUGGCUCAGCAUAGGACACCGGGGGUUGGACUUUUACCAGAGAUCAGAUCACUGGACUUGUCCCACAACAGACUUUACAAUGGAAUGGCUGAAUAUUUUAUACACAAAGCACCAUCACUUCAGUAUCUUUCCUUGGCAGAAAACAGCAUUACCGUGAUAUUGCGCAGGAUGUUUCAGGGGUCUCCAGCUCUUGUUGAGGUUGACCUCCACAGUAAUAUCAUCAUGGAAAUAGAAGAAGGUGCCUUUGAAACUCUGGUGCAUCUCACCAAGCUCAAUCUCUCCAUGAACUCGAUCACUUGCAUCUCAGAUUUCAACCUCAGACAACUGCAGAUACUCGACCUCAGUAGGAACAGCAUUGAGACUUUUCAUACCACAGAGUCAAAGGAAGAGUAUAACCUGAGGUGGCUGGAUCUUAGUGAGAACAAGCUACUGCGCUUCCCAGUUUUCCCCCAGGUGAACAAGCUGGCGUAUCUGAAUUUAUCUAAGAAUUUAAUGCAGCUUACUGCAGACUCUGCUCACAAUGAGAUGGACUAUAUGGAAAGGGACUGGCUAGAAGCUCCUUUUCAUCUUCUGGAUCAGAAGCAAAAUACAAACACAAGUUCUCUGUAUCUAUCCCAGCUUUUAUAUUUAGACUUAAGUUAUAAUGAGAUCAAAUCCAUCCCAAAUGAGUUCUUUGAGUCAAUGUCCUCCCUUCGGUUUCUCAAUCUCAGUAAAAAUUGUCUCCAGACAUUCACAGUAAACUAUGACAGUGCAUUGAUCUCACUAGCCAUCCUUGAUUUAAGCUUCAAUGCUUUGCAGAAUCUCUUACUAGAUGCCAGCACAUUGACUAAUUUACAGGAGCUCUACAUUCAGAACAAUCAUCUUCAAGCCCUCCAAUUUGAUAUCUUUGCAAGCCUUCCCAGCAUCAAAUUGCUUAAUCUCCAGAGUAAUAAUAUUAGCUUUUGCAGCAUGUAUUCAGGAUUAGCUAAACAAAGGCUUCCUGGAGAGGAGACUGGUUGUGUAUCAUUUGUUGACUUCCCUGCUCUUAGGUACUUAUAUCUAGCUGACAACAUGUUGAAGAAUUUACCAAUAUAUGCUUUUUACAAGACUUCAAUAAUUCUCCUGGAGCUCUCCAUGAACCAAGGACUGCAAAUAGAGGCUAAAGCACUAUCAGGACUGGAGACAUCUCUUGAGUAUUUGAAUUUACACGGCAAUGGCAUGACAGUUUUAAAUAUUGACCUGCCUCGUUUUCAUCAUCUUAAACAUUUAAACCUGUCGGAAAAUCAGCUGAGCUGGUUACCCAAAUGGGGUAGUGAUGCUUCGUUGGAAGUUCUGGAUCUACAGAAAAACAGUUUUAGUAAUCUACAAAGCAGUAACAUUUUAGCAUUAGAGAACUCUCUUAAAAACUUAUAUCUUGCUGGAAACCCACUCAGCUGCUGUGGAAAUGUCUGGCUCUCAUCUAUAAUCCAUAAUAAAAAUGUAGAGAUCCCUGGUGUAGAGCAGAUAACAUGCCAGCACUCCAAGAGCUUUGGGUACCAAGAAGAAAUUUAUAUUAGCAACGUAAGACCAGAAGUCUGUGAAAAAGAGGAUCUAAAGAAAAUCAACUUGCUUAUUAUACUAACGGUUGCAUUAGUUUUAUCAGUGAUCAUCAUUGGACUGGGUUCAUUCUGCUGCUUCCGCAGACAAAAGUUUAGCCAGCAAUUUAAAGCAUAGCACACGCAUGAACUUAACGAGAAAUAAAAUCAGGGUGCUACACUGAAAACAUAGAGAAAUGAAGGGUCCAAUUCUUGCCUGUGAUUUAACUGUGGAUUUUAGGCCAGUUUUUAAUCUGCUCUCAGUUGCACCAGCAUCGUUUCUUGGGGUUGCAGCAACAAAGUAACUGAGAAGAGAAUUUGUCAUAUUUUGCACUUGUUCCAUGCUCAUGCAGACCUGUGAAAGCUUGCUCAUCAGAAGCGGAGAAUCACAUAAACCUGUGCUCGUUUAAGGUUUGUGGAACUUAAACCAGCCAAAACUCUUUUGGGCACUACAAACUUUUCACUGAAAUGCUAAGCCAGCUUUUUGGUGCCUCUGGAUAGGGAGAAUCCCCUCCCGCCCCAUGCCAAGGCUGCAUAUCAUGGUUUAAUGGUCAUUUGUGUGACAACACUUGGGGAUCUCAUCACAGUCGACAGGCAGGAUGACUCCUCAUGCACCUUUGCAAAACUUCCCAAACCCACAUGCUUCAGCGAAACCCAUCUCUUUGAUUUGGGGUUUUGCUCUUUCAUAACAGGUUUGAGGCAGUUCAACUCUUAAAGCUAAACUCAAGGGAAGUGAACCCACACGACCCAGGACCAGGGAAAAACAAAGUCUGACCCUUCUCCCUUUGAAGUCAAUUGCAAAUCUCCCACUCAUUCCAAUGUGAACAGGAUUAGACUAGUGAUCUCAAGAACAACAACUUCACACAGAUCUGUGGAGCUCAUGACAGCUACUGAAGCUAUGCGGUUGUUUGUGAGGAUCAAACCAAGGACCUUCAGUAUCAAAACCACAGGUGUCUAAUGCUUGUGUUAAAGGAGAGCUCAAUUAGUUAGCAGCGGGCUGUUACAUUCAACAGGACUAGCUACUACUGGGAGACAUGAUUACGCAUAUGAAACUCAGUGUAUUAUGCCUAUACCACAAGAUGUGAUAGACAUUUGCACUGAGUAUCACAGUUACACAGUUCAGGUCAGAGAGGAGGAAUGUCUCCAUAGUGUGCAAUAUAUAUUUAUCUGGUUUUAAUGUGAAAAAAUUCAUUUCUUUGGCAACCACAUUAUUUAAAAAAAAAAAUCUCCCUUAGAGAAUGAAUUUCAACCAGUAAAUAUUAGACCUAAAUGUUUAUUUGUUUACAAACAGCAAUUUAACACACACUGCAUACAGUUAGCUUUCAAUGCAUGAAGUAAACAGAAAAAAGUAUAAAACAAAAUAAUUAUAGUCCAGUCCUUCUAGAUGGAAUUUUUUUUUUAACCUCAGGUGUAUAAAGGUCCAUGGAUGGCUUUGCAGAUUAACUUCAUAGGUCCUUUGCCAAGGACUCAAAAAGGCAACCAAUACCUGUUGGUGGUUGUCAAUCCUUUUUCAAAGUGGGUAAAGGCAUUUCCUCUAAAGGGAUUGAAGUGUUCUCCGACUGGUUUAUUAAUGUUAUAAUUCUUGACAUCUGAUUUGUGUCCAUUUAUUCUUUUACGUAGAGACUGUCCAGUUUGACCAAUGUACAUGGCAGAGGGGCAUUGCUGGCACAUGAUGGCAUAUAUCACAUUGGUGGAUGUGCAGGUUGUCAGGUUGUCUGACAAAUCAGAUGUCAAGAAUUAUAACAUUCAUAAACCAGUCGGAGAACACUUCAAUCUCUCUGGUCACGCAAUCACAGACAUGAAGGUCGCUAUCUUAAAACAAAAAAACUUCAAAUCCAGACUCCAGCGAGAAACUGCUGAAUUGGAAUUCAUUUGCAAAUUGGAUACUAUUAAUUUAGGCUUAAAUAGAGACUGGGAGUGGCUAAGUCAUUAUGCAAGGUAGCCUGUUUCCUCUUGUUUUUUCCUACCCCCCCCCCCAGAUGCUCUGGUUUAACUUGGAUUUAAACUUGGAGAGUGGUCAGUUUAGAUGAGCUAUUACCAGCAGGAGAGUGAGUUUGUGUGUGUAUGGGGGUGGGGGGGAUGUGAGAAAACCUGGAUCUAUGCAGGAAAUUGCCCGACUUGAUUAUGUAAAGAGUUGUCACUUUGGAUGGGCUAGCACCAGCAGGAGAGUGAAUUUGUGUGGGGGGGUGGAGGGUGAGAAAACCUGGAUUUGUGCUGGAAAUGGCCCACCUGUUGAUCACUUUAGAUAAGCUAUUACCAGCAGGACAGUGGGGUGGGAGGAGGUAUUGUUUCAUAUUCUCUGUGUAUAUAUAAAGUCUGCUGCAGUUUCCACGGUAUGCAUCCGAUGAAGUGAGCUGUAGCUCACGAAAGCUCAUGCUCAAAUAAAUUGGUUAGUCUCUAAGGUGCCACAAGUACUCCUUUUCUUUUUACUCCUUCUCAUAACACAAAAACUUGGGGUCACCAAAUGAAAUUAAUAGGCAGCAUGUUUGAAACAAACAGAAGGAAGUAUUUUUUUCACACAACACACAGUCAACCUGUGGAACUUCUUGCCAGACGAUGUUGUAAAGGCCAAGACUAUAACAGGGUUCAAAAAAGAACUAAAUAAGUUCAUGGAGGAUAGGUCCAUCAAUGGCUAUUAGCCAGGAUAGGCAAGGAUGGUGUCCCUAACCUCUGUUUGCCAGAAGCUGGGAAUGGGCAACAGGGGAUGGAUCACUUGAUGAUUACCUGUUCUGUCAUUCCCUCUGGGGCACCUGGCAGUGACCACUAUCGGAAGACAAGAUCCUGGGCUAGAUGGUCUGACCCAAUAUGGCUGUUCUUAUGUUCUUAUGACUCCAGGGCAAAAUCUCCAUAAUCAACAAGGCAGAAUUUCCUAGUCAUGUAACAUGUUUAAUACUAGUGCCUGAAUCCUAGAAGUCCAUCUUCACUUGUACCCUACAUUGUAGCUUGAGUCAGGCACCUUCCUCUAAAGAACAGAAGAAAAUCCAAAUAUCCCUAAUGUAAAUCAAAAGUGGGAUUUUCAAAGGCCUGCAGCAUUGGCCUAACCCAGCUCCCAUGAAAAUCAACAGAAGUUUUAUUAUUGACUUAAAUCUGCUCUGCUCCUUUUUAGGCCAACACUGACGCUUUGGAAACUGUUAGAUUCUUAAGGCCUGAUUCUGAUCUCACACCAGAUUUACAGUAUGGCUGAGGUCAUUAACACCUGAUUUACACCUGUGUCCAUGAGAGGACAAUAAAUUACCUGGGUCAGUGGGGGGGGGGCAGGGUAGAGAGCAAAAGAGUUUGUCUCAGACCAUGUCUACACUACCAGUUGUCAACAAAACGUAUGUCGCUCAAGGGAUUGGGGAAAAAACCACUCCCGUGACGCAUCAGUACAGUUGUGCCACUGUAAACUCUCUAGUGUAGACGUAGCCUGGAGCUAUGUCUACUCUGGCAAUUGAAUGACAAAACUUUUGUCAUUCAGAGGUGUUCACCCUCUUUCCCCCGAAAGACAAAAGUUUUUGCCAGGGCAAGUGCCAAUGUGAACAGCGCUUUGUUGGCAGGAGAGCUCUUCUGCCGACAACGCGAAUGCCGCUCAUUGUGGGUAGAAGUAUUUUGUCAGCAAAUGAGCCGACAAACAGCGGCUACACUGCCUGACUUCUAGUGACAUGGCUGUGUCACUAAAAGCUGGGUAGUGUAGACAAAGCCUAAGUGUAGAAGAAUACACCUAGUCCCAGAUCCUUGUUCACAACAGUAGUCCUGUUGACUCCCCAAAAAAGUAUGGGACCAUGAAGAAAGAAUUAGGCCCUGAGUUUGCAAUGGGAUUAAUCUGGCCAGCCCAUUAUGUUUAUACAUGAAGUAUAUAAGAGGAAAAACAGAAAUAUUUCCUAUACUAUAUGAGAAUAUCAAAUUCACCCCCAUUUGAAGAAAUACAUGUGGACCAAGAGUCUGACCAACUCCUCCUGAAAUCAAUGAGACUCUUUCAAUUGACUUCCAGAGGAGUUGGAUCAAGCCCCAAGACUCCAUGCAUAGGCCAUUGCAAACUGUUGUGCAUUAUAACAUAUAAGAAUCAAAUGGUCAAACAGCACUGGAGAGCUAACUGAAAUCUACCCAGGUAAGGAAAUUCAGAUUUAAAGUAUUGCUCUGCUUCCAACAUGCCUCAUUUUUUCCCAGCUACUGAAUGUCAAAAGUAACACACAACAGAUAGUUGUAUCGUUCUAUUUUUAAAAGGAAUUCUGUAAGAAAUUGGCUUGUAGAAUUUGUUGUAGGAUUUGUACAACAGAAUCAUCUUCGGGCUCUGUAAAAUAUUUAGAAAUGUGAAUAUAUUAAAGCAACAUUUUGCAAUA